GAGCGGACGUGAACGUUCCCGGCCGCGUGCUUCUGUGCGACCGAACGGCUGAGCUCAUCACGGACACAAACCGGAUCGGGGGUUUGACAACGGGGGUUUGAUCAAAACUGAUAACCCGGUAGGUUAUUAGCGAUGCGCAAAUAGUCCAUCUGCAUGCCUUUUUUUUUUUUUUUUUACACCGUGCAGGCGAUGCUGUAGCUAAUGCGGUAGGAGGAGGAGGAGGCACUGUCAACGGUUGUUUGUAAAGGCUUGAGCAUCACCGAGAGGGCAGCGGGAGAUAACACCGGAGACGCGGACCCCACAGCACGGCAGCGCGAGGCUAAACGGAGGAGGAUGGAGUUUAAGCAGUUGGUGGAGGCGGCGGAGAAAUGGUGCUCGAGUAACCCUUUCGACCUCAUCUUCGCGGAGGAGGACGACGAAAGGCGGUUGGACUUUUACGCAGAGCCGGGGAUCUCCUUCUACGUGCUCUGCCCCGAUAAUUUGACUGGUGGCACCGACAAUUUCCAUGUAUGGAGUGAGAGUGAGGACUGCCUUCCCUUCCUCCAGUUGGCCCAGGACUAUAUCUCCUCCUGUGGGAAGAAAACACUGCUGGAAGUUCUGGAAAAGGUCUUCACUUCCUUCAGACCCCUGUUGGGGCUCCCAGACAUAGACGACGACAGUUUUGAGCAUUACCACGCAGAUGUGGAAGGGGAACCAGGGGCCGACCACCAGCAGAUGGGAGUGAGCCAGCAGUGACGGCCCCACGAAGGGAGCAUGCAGAUGGGCUGUCACCUCGGAGAUAGCCCGGGACAACCCCUCUGACACGCUGGCCCCUUACACUUAUCAAGUAGUUUCAAAACAUUUUUUGCUGAACACAGGCAAAGAAAAACAACUGACAGACAGACGCACACAUAAACAGAUACACACACAGACAACACACACACACACACACACACACACACACACACACACACACACACACACACACACACACACACACACACACACACACACACACACACACACACACACACACACACACACGUAUAAUGAAACCCAAACCCAAAUAAAAAGCUCACAUAUGCAGAUGAUCCACUAUUUCCCUGAAUGUCUCAGUGGUUUUUGCUUCCAAAUACAGUGCUCUGUUUGCACACACACUAACCCCCCACACAUGCCCACACACAAAAACACACAAACAAAAACACGCCCACACAUGUCCACACACACACACACACACACAGACACACACUGGCAAGCACACACACACAGACACACUUUCCUGUCCACUACCAGGCUGCCUGGGUAGAUGUCACGAACCAUGCAGAUCAGCUCUAAUCAUUCACCAUCUGGUUAGCUCAAACUAUACCGAUACCCCACAGCCCUGGGUGGGCUGGUAUGCAGAAAAACUGUCCAAAUAGUGGGACGUUAAUCAUGUUUGCUGUGGCUUUGGUUUGAAUGUACCUUCUUUUUUUGUUUGUUUGCUUAUUUAUUUAGCUUUUAGAGAAACAUUAAAAGCUAACAGAUGAACUUAGUUGAAAAUGGUGGGCCGUUGCAUGUAUGUUAGUUGUUUUUUUAAGGAGCCAGGAGGAGAGGGGAGAGCAGCAGAACAGGAGUGUGGUGACGAUCCCGUGUCACAAAAGGGAGCUGCAGAAGAAAACAAAGGAACAAUCAAGGGUUCAGGGUUUUGUUUCUUAGCUAGUAGAGACGACACCCCGAGGGUCGUGACCGUUUCCUGUUUGUUUGCUGAUACCAUAAAUGUACAUUAUUAUAUUUGAAAUUAUCACGUUAUUAUUAUUAUUAUUACUAUUGGUUCAGUUACACAGCAAUCAAGGUUAUGUAGGGUCUAUAGUAUACAACACAUUCCUAUCUCAUCUACUAUAAACAACUAUACAGCAUCUCAGCAGGACGGUGACACCGCUUCUUCAGUAAAAGCACAUUUUCACCACUGCCCAGAACGCACGGUGGACGGCCGGAGGGGAUCCAUGGAGCGGCUCACACUCCCCCUUCCCCGUCUCUCUCCCGCUCAUUAAUGCGGAGGUUCUCUCGAUAGCUUUACAAGUCCCUACGUGCAUAUCCUGACCUAGGUAACAUCAUUGCAAGACGCAACUAUUUCGUUUUCAAGUGAAGUCAAAACUUUUUAUUUUAUUUUGAUAUAAUAUUAUUGAGGUUUGCGUGUGUCGCAACCAAUGCACAGCUUCCAGUCCUUAUAAGCCCCCGAUCCUGAAAUGUUCCAAAGGCUUUUCAUCAGCCUUUUAACUUAACUUUCCCCCUGGUGUUAUGUUUGCCCUCCAAAUGUGGUGUUAUGUUUGUUAUGCAACGUCAAACGAUUAUCCAAUAAACUUUGUGACGAGAA